AUGGGCGAAGCAGCAGAGUCUUCCAAAUUCUACGGCGCCAUCCGUUUCAUCGAGCCAGAUCUCUCGGUGCCAGCUGAGGAGAGAGCCAUCUACGCAGGGCCAGCUGCCAAACUUGCCAAAGAUGAAAGCGUGGAGCUCCAUGAUUUCCGAACAUCCACAGACGUGGCCAAGGGUCUCGCCGGUCUCGAUGUUCAAGGCUUCACCUACAUGAACCAUGAAUUCUCACUAGGUCGAGACGAGAUUCUAGAGGGAACGAAUGCAGAAGAUAUCUAUGCCAAAGAAGUCAUCGACAUGAUGCUCAAGUUCACUGGAGCGUCACGAGCGGUCAUCCACAACAUGACUUUCCGGCGAAAGCUGGCGGUGGCACAAGAGGACUUGUACCACAUUCGACGCCGAGGUGACAGGAGCGAUACUGAAAUUGCAAAGUUGCCGAAAGAUCGGGUGCAAGUGACUGGUAGGGGUGGCGACACCAACGAGCCUGCCCGUCAUGCACACUGCGAUCAGAUCCUCGAGUCUUUCCGGGACACCAUUCGCAUCUGCAGGAAGGACAUCACCGAAGCUGCUAAGCCUGCAAUUGAAGCGGAAGACAUGAGAGCAAGAGGUGCAAUUGUCAAAGUCCCGAGAUACGCUUCUUACAGCGUCUGGCGACCUCUGAAAACAGUCAAGCGAGAUCCCAUUGCCGUGCUCGACUACAGAAGCAUCGCCAAGUCCGAGCUGGCCAUCACCGACUUUCGUGUGCCCAGUGCAAUCACUGAGAACGGCGAAUACGUCGUCAAGGCGUGGCUGCACACUCCUCCCAAGAAUCCCGGGGCUUUGAAGUGGUACUUCAUGUCAGAGCAGAAGCCCGACGAAGUUUGCGUUAUCAAGUUCUGCGACUCCGCUUCUGCAGACGAUGACAACAUUGCAGCGGGCUGUAUUCACGCUUCUCCGGCUAUCGCUGGCGUUGAGAAUGAGGACGUCCGGGAGAGCGUUGAGACAAGGGUGUACUGCUUCUGGGAUUGA